CGGAGCUCUAGCGGUCAGACUCCUCUCCGUCCCUGCAUCACAUCAGAGUCAGACACUGGGGCAGUCCUGCUCCGGAUCACUUUUUUUCUUGGGACGUUUUUUUUGCAGCGUGUGUGUUCGUGGGUUGCAGUUGUGAGCAUGCAAGGCAACGGACGUCACCGAACCAAGGAAUCAAGGAGAACAUGGACAAAUUGGCAACUUUUAUUUUACAAAUGCACUUUAUAUUUAUUCAUCUUUAGUCUGGAACUGAAGAGGAGCGUCACUGCGCCGCUGGACUCUGACGAUUUCGCUUUCUUCCAUGAGGGCGCCCAGGGGUGCCUGGGGGUGCGGGAUCACUCCCUCGUCCUGGCAUCCUCCUGUGAGGAAGACAACCAGCGCUGGAAGUGGGUGACCCGGGGUCGCCUGUUCAACCUGGGCUCCUCGCUGUGCCUGGGAGUAACCACGGGUAACGCCAGCUCCAGAUCGGACAGGUCUCCUCUGGGCGUGUACACCUGUGACCACGAGCCCCCCAGAAUACGCUGGACCUGGAACUGUGGCCAGGUGUUGGACAACCUCAACAUCUAUCUUCCCUCACCCUCAUUUUGGAACUCCUCCUCAACCGCCCCCCCUUCAAAGCUCAAGUGGACCAUGCAUGGUGGGGUAGAGGACCUGUGCUCCAAAACACAUCGUGAGAUCUACACAAUCCAGGGCAACUCUAACGGACGGCCCUGCUAUCUGCCCUUCCUGUAUGACGGCCAGUGGUUCCACAGCUGCACCAGCAUCGGGCGUGAGGACGGUCACCUCUGGUGCGCCACCACCCACGACUACGGCAAAGACGAGCGUUGGGGCUUCUGUCCCGUAGAGAGCAGUGGCUGUGAGAUCUUCUGGGACACUGACCCGCUGACCGACAGCUGUUACCAGUUUAACUUCCAGGCUACGCUGUCGUGGAGCGAGGCUCGGAUCAGCUGCCAGCAGCAGGGAUCAGACUUGCUUAGCAUCACCAAGCUGCAUGAGCAGACAUACAUCAAUGGGUUACUGACAGGCUACAGUGCAGCUUUGUGGAUUGGCCUGAAUGACCUGGACAUCAGUGGAGGCUGGCAGUGGGCCGACUCCUCACCACUGAAAUAUCUCAACUGGGAGCAAGACCAGCCAAACCACGCUGAGGAGGAGAACUGUGCCGUGAUUAGAACUGAGUCAUCAGGUCGUUGGCAAAAUCGUGAAUGCUCUGUUGCUCUGCCAUAUGUGUGUAAGAAGAGGCCCAAUGCCACCCUGGACCCCUUCACCACUGACUCGUGGGCAGAUGAUGAGAAAUAUGAGUGUGAUGUGGGCUGGCAGGCUUUCCAGGCUGGCUGCUACAAGCUGAAUUCAGACAAGAUAGAGUGGGAUACAGCUCAGAAAAGUUGUCAGAGGAUGGAGGCCAACCUGGUCAGCAUCCACACACUACCUGAGCUAGAGUUCAUCAUACGCAACCUCAAGAAAGACAUUGACCAGCUGUGGAUAGGGCUCCAUGAUACUAAUAUGCAAAUGGACUUCCAAUGGACUGACCACACGCCCGUUAUCUUCACCUACUGGCACCCCUUUGAACCCAACAACUUCCGCAACACCCUGGAAGAUUGCGUCUCCAUCUGGGGAGCUGAGGGCCGCUGGGAUGACAGCCCUUGUAAUCUGACUCUGGCCUCCAUCUGUAAGAAAUCGGGCACAAAGACUGAUGGGAAGCCAAAACACCAAGGCUGCAAACAAGGCUGGAAGUGGCACAGUCCAGCGUGUUACUGGGUGGGAGAAGAUCUGUCUAUCUUUGAUGAAGCCAAGAAGGCGUGUGAGGAACAUGGAGCCGCCCUCGUCACCAUUACCAAUAGGUUCGAGCAGGCCUUCGCCAACAGCCUGGUGCUGGGUCGCUCUGGAGACUCCUUCUGGAUCGGCCUCCAUGACCAGACCAGCCCCGGCUCCUUCCACUGGCUCAGCGGGGAUGAGGUGUCUUACACCAACUGGAAUCGUGAUCAACCAGUCAGCGUCCAUGGCGGAUGCGUUUCCAUGGCGAUGGGCUCCGCAACAGGUCUGUGGGAGGUGAAGGAGUGUGCGUCAUCAAAGGCGAAAUUCAUCUGCCGUCAGAACCAAGAGACGUCUCUGAGCCCCGAGCCCCCCGCCCCGCAGCCCACCCCCAGCCUCAGCGGCGCCUGUCCCAGCGGCUGGAAGAGCAACAGCAACCUGCGCUACUGCUACAAGGUGUUCCAUUCCUCCCAGCUGGAACAGAAGCUGAGCUGGCUGCAGGCUCAUCUCACCUGCCGGAGACAUGGAGCCAACCUGCUGAGCAUCAGCAGCCCCGAGGAGGAGCACUUUGUCCUGCAGGUCCUCCACGAGGCCUUUGGGGAGUCAGAGGAUGAGCAGCACUGGUUUUGGAUUGGAUUGAAUCGCAGAAACCCGAUGGACAACGGCAGCUGGAAGUGGAGUGAUGGAGUGGCUUUCACAUACCAGAAUUUCGGCCGCUACUACUACAAUGUCCGGCAAUGUGCUGCAGCAGACCUGGGCACCAUGACCUGGCUGGCCAUGCACUGUGACUCUGAGUUAGACUGGAUCUGCAAGAUCCCUCGAGGUACUGUUGAAGCGGAACCAGAAGAAUCUGAAGGCAGCACUUCCCUGGAGUGGGUUGGCUUCCAGGAGGCUGAAUAUAGACUUUUUGACCAUCGCAGCACUUGGGACCAGGCCCAGAGGAUUUGCUCCUGGUUUGAUUCCUCGCUGGCCUCCGUCCACUCAGCUGAGGAAGAAGCUUUUCUCGCCAACACUUUAAGCAAGAUGUCGAAGGCACAUGGGGACAACUGGUGGCUGGGGCUUCACACCUACGAGAAUGAUGGCCGUUUCCACUGGUCUGACCACUCGGUGCUCAAUUACGUGUCCUGGGCCCUUGGUAGGCCCCACCCAGUCAGCCGUGAUCGCAGGUGUAUCCACAUGUCUGCCAACAAAGCAGAUUGGGCUGAUCAGAAGUGCCACUCUGACCUUCCCUACAUCUGUAAGAGAGUGAAUGUCACAGGCACCAUCCCUCCAACCCCCUCAAUCCCACACCCACCUGCAGGCUGCCCUGACGGAUGGUCUUCCUUCCAACAUAAGUGUUUCAGAGCAUUUGAUCAGUCACACCGACUCACAUGGUCUGCAACCAAGUUGAAAUGUGAAACACAGGGAGGUGUACCGGCAGUGGUUUCCAAUCAUUUGGAGCAAGCCUUCAUCACCACCCUGCUUCAAAAUGCCAGUGUUGACCUAUGGGUGGGUCUGACCUCAGACUCUAAAGGUCAUUUCCAGUGGGCCAAGCCAGGCCUGUUGAGCUACACCAACUGGGCUCCUGGAGAGCCCCUCGACAACAGCGGACCACACCACAACAGGACCCCGGGAAACUGUGUGGUGAUGAUUCAUGGGAACCCACAGAAGAACACCGGGAUGUGGGCCUCCCGAGCCUGUGAGAUGGAAAGUAAUGGCUUCAUCUGUCAAAGGCAACAAGAUUCAGGUCUGCCCCCAGCCCCGGUCCUUAUCCCUGCCUCCCUGUCAAUGCCUGUUGAGCUGGGUGGAGUGACUUACCGGGUUGUGGAGAAGCAUCUGGACUGGAUCGGAGCCCUGCACCUCUGUGAAUCUUUGAAUGGGACCCUGGCCAUGUUGAAGGAUCCCUACCAGCAGGCUUACCUCACACUCCUGAUCAACAGCCUGCACCGGCCCGCAUGGAUAGGACUCUACAAUUAUGGAGGACCGAGAUUCACCUGGCUGGGUGAAGAAGAAGUGUCGUAUACAAACUGGAAAUAUGGGAAGCCGCAUCAGACAGCUGGAUGCGGUCACAUGACCACUACUGGGCAGUGGACUAUGAAUUCCUGUGAUGAUAAACUGGACGCUGCUAUCUGUCAAAUGAGUGAUGACCCUGUGCAGCACGACUGGGUCUUCCCUGGCCAGUGCCCCCACUCUCUGGGAGAGUGGGCGUGGGUGCCUUUCAGACACAACUGUUAUGCCUUUAAUCUGCAAAGUCUUAGACUGCAGCAGGAUGCACGAACAUCCUGUAAAAAAGUGGGAGCUGAACUUCUCUCUAUCUUGGACGAGACAGAAAACGGAUUUGUGUGGGAACACAUCCAGAGCUAUGCAGAGCAGGCGCAUGGAGCUUGGUUAGGCAUCAGUGUUAAAGGUAGAGGUCUGGUUUGGACCGAGGACACAGAGAUGUCCUACACCAAUUGGGAGGUACAUGAUGUCGCCUUCUCUGUUCUAUCUCCAAACUCCUGCUUCUGGAUCCAGAGCAACAGCGGCCUGUGGAAGCCAGGCUCAUGCAGAAACCGAACACAUGGAGUCAUCUGCAAACGCCCUCGAAGUGCUGAAACCGCAACUGUCACAAUGGACAGUGACCACCUGCCCACUCUGAUUGUUGUCAUUGUGACGUCCCUGGUGCUGUUGGUGCUGAUCGUUGGCAUUCUCUACUUCUACCGCCGGCGAACUAUCGGGUCCCGGGGGUCCUAUGAAGGGGCCCGGUACAGCCGCACCAACUCCAACCUUGCUGAGCAGGUAGAGAAGAACAUCCUGGUGUCGGACAUGGAGCUGAACGAGCAGGCGGAGUAGGACCAUGACACAGGAGAGGCUGAAUUCAAAGUGUGGACUGUUGACUGAUCUUUUGUUGUCUCAUUUGAAACCAAAAAAAGAUUUUUAAAGUGCUGAAGGGCUGUGUAGAGCGCAGCAGAUGUUUAAUUUUUUAAUUGAAUUCCCGCCUUCCAAAUCCUCUUUUGCCAAGACUUAACAGCCCUAGCAAUAUCUCUCCAGGAAACCACAGAUCCUUCCAUAUGUACAGCUUUUCCCCAAAAGCAUUCAUGAAGGCCAUGGAUGGAUCUACUGGAAGCAGGAUAAUUCAACAUUACUCGUUUUUUAUGAAAUAACUCCACAGUAUUUACUCUGGUGCCAAUGUCAGCUUUUGUUGGUGUAUAUUUCCUUUGUGGUUCCCUUUUUGAUUGAAAAACAUACAGAGCAAAACAUACAAUCACAGAUCGACACCAUUUGGCUCUGUCCUUUAAAUACACAGUCACAGUUUUCUUCAGGAACAAAUUCACUUUUUAAAUGUUUCUGUUUUGCCAUGACAGUAUUUACCUGACAAUGGGGUGUUUUUGUUGUUAUUGCAUUCCUGUUAUUCCCAUUCAUUUGUCAUGAUCUGUACUGCUGUGGGGAACUGUUACUGAUGAUGCAUGUCUGUUUUUUGUGAGUCUGCCUCUCUCCUCCUCUAUGAUCUGACACGUCAGCACCAGCUGUCAGACAAGCAGAGGAUGAACAAGUCCAAAUUUGAAUGUGUGGAGGGUGACAGGGACCAUUGUUAGUGGUGACCGUCUAAGGGCAGUACACUAGAAUUGUGCACAUUACUGAUACUAAGUUCUGUCCUUAGUAUUUAAAACUGGACUUUAAGUAGACUACACAAUCAGACUUUCAGCUUCCAUGGAACCACCUACAUUUAGGCACUUUCUACUACUAACUUGAUGUUAUUCAUCCACUUGCCUUUCGUCAUUUCCCCUAAGGUAGAAUUGCUGUUCAAUGAUGCCAAACGUUUUUUUUUUCUUUUUCCAUCUGGUGCUGUUUCAGCAUUUGUAAGGGCAGUAUUCACUUUGUAUGCACUAUUGAAAAAGGGUUUGCAAUUUGAUAUUUUUCUGAUACAUCAUUUGUAUGAGCCGCAUUUCACUUCUCUGUAUGGGCUUUUUGUAAGAUAUUCUUCUGUAUCUCUCUCUUGGUAUUGAUGCUGGUCUCAUUAAGUGUUUUGACUUCGCAUACGACUGGUAAUGCUUCGCUACUUUAAUGGGAUAACAAAGAAACUUGAACCUCCCAUUGCCCCACAAAAGAAAACUUCCCUUAGGUGAAUGACACCACUUUGGUUUUUUAUGAGUAAAUUCACAAUUUUGUAAAAAGAAAACCUCAUUCCGUUCUUCUUCCCUGUCAUUUCAUGAUUUCACAUCUGUGCAGCGUAAUGACCACAUUUUUCUGAGUUCAUUUGCUUCCCCAAACUUUUUUUCCCUUAGCUGAAGUCUCUGAGUUCAUUUCUGUCUUUCUGCUUGCACAAAUGCUUUGGAGACAUUUCAGUCUUUUGGUGUCUUAAAGAGCUGCUGUGAAAAAACCCUGCUUUUUUUGCUCUGUGAGUUGGAUUUACAUAGAGGGGGAGGGGAGGAGGUGUGUGUGUGUGUGUGAGUGCGUGAGUGUGUGCAGUCUCCAGCUGUGGAAUGUUGAGUCGGCAAGAAGAGCUCAGUGGCACGUCUGGAACCAAUCAGAGAAGAAGGGCUCAGGGACAUGAAGGGUCAGAAAGAAGAUUGAAAAAAAGGAAAAUGAGAAGAAGGAGAAAAAUGGGGGAAGAAGAAAGAGUGUGAGGAGGAGUCAGGGAUGUAUAAAGAGAGAAAGGCAGAGAAGGAGGAGUGUAAAGAGUUCAGUGGUUUGUCCCAGCCUUAGGCCGGCCUCUGCUGGUAGUUUUACUGUACAGAUGUGUCUUUAUUUGCAGAAUGAUGUGAACUGUUCAAGGUGAUGAUGUGAAAGUCAAAUACCCUUUGGCGUCUGCAAUGCAGGCCAGCUUUUGUCCCCGAGAAUAUUAGCUGAAGCACCUGUUCAACUUUUUUGAAAGUUUCUGUUGCAAUUUUAUAUUAAAUGAAUAAAGUCUAUGUUCUCAAAACUU